AAUUUUCACAAACAACCAAACAUUAACAAUGGCAUCAUCCAAAAAAUCAAGUACGGAAGCGAAGAGCAAAGAAGUGGGAACCUCCAAGCCAUCCCCCAAAGCCAAGACCCACAACAAUGCCAGAAAUUCCGACAAGGAUAUUUCUAAGAAGAAGAAGAAGAAGAAGAAGAUUAGCAUUAGCAUUAGCACCAACAAUGGCUCCGUCAAGGACAACCACGCCUUAGCUGUUUCUGCUCCAGGAGCCUCAGCCUCUGAGGACGCCGAUGCCGCCGAUGAAGACAAAGCCGAAACCACAAGUAGAAAAUCUAAUACCUCCAAAUCGAAGAAAGUUAAACGGAACCAUGCCAAGGAAGAAGAUAAUCGUUAUGCCGCAGAAGAAGAAGCCGAGGAGAAGAUUUAUAAAUUCCCUAUGCAUCGGAUCAAGAAAAUCAUGAGGGAUGAAAAUUCUGAUUUGCGUAUUAAUCAGGAAGCUUUGUUUCUCGUCAACAAAGCUUCGGAGAUGUUUCUCGUACAAUUUUGCAAAGAUGCAUAUGCAUGUUGUGCUCAGGAUCGCAAGAAGUCUCUUGCUUACAAGCAUCUAUUUUUCUAUAAUGAAAGUUAGACCUGUGAACAUAUUUAAAAAAGGGUCAAACUUGGACCUGAAAACAGUUGAUUGGAUUCCAGCUCCACUAUCUUUCAUGGUGAUGACGGGGCUUUACCCUUUUAUAAUCGAAACUGUUAACAUGAUGGUGAUCUAAUGUCAUGAUGGUCAUAGUUUAACACGGAUUGUGACCUUAGAUUUAGGUUACAACAAUUACUUGGUCAAGGGACUUGAAUUAUGUUGUAGAGGAGUACCGGCUUAUACUAUCAUAACAAAUUUCUACAGCGGCUGAAUCCAGCCUUUCGAUAAAUCAUUUCAUUAAGCUACAUUAUGUCUGGCUGGAUGAUUUACUCACCCUAGCUAUGUCUAGCGAUAGGUCCCCCAAUAAGUUCACAUGUACGAGGAGGAACAAUAAAUAAGCAGUGGUAGCAAAGUUGAUAAAUUUGAUACUUGAGAUAAAUAUAAAUUGAUUGUGGAGGGGCACUGUAACUGUUAUCAGUAGUCUUUCUUUUGGACAACUUCAAGUUAGGUGGCAAGGGGACAGAAAAAGAUAGAGGAUUGGGGAAGUAUGUAUUUGGGAGUCGGAAAAGGGGAAGGCAGUGUGAAUUUCAAUUUGGAUCAGGAGAGAAAGCAAAACUCGUGGAUCCCUGUUAGGCCUCGAGUGCUGAAGACAUAUGUGAGGAAGGGCAUAUUGGGCAAAGGGAAGGAAAAACAGAUACAUUAAUGAGGGAAGGUGGGAUCCUGCAUGUACUGAUGUCAAGAGGCUGAUACGUAGGGGAAUAAGGCAUUUGUGGAAAGGGCAGCUGAUAUUUUGAUGGCAUUUAUUCACUGGCGUGGGGGAGAAACAGCUUACUCCUGGAGGCCCUGAGUUUUCUUGAUUCGUUUAUGUUGUUUGGCUAUCCUUGCUUAUUGUUCUCUUUGGAUUACUAGAGAGAAGGAAAACUCGUACAUCUGUUCCUUUGUUUUCUUCUGUUAACCACUAAUACAUAGCAAAUUCAGAUCUCUCUCAUCUGGCUAGGCAAUUUUAUCGAGACGAUGCUGAAAUUUUGAUGUCUUUUGUUUUACUUAUUGUUUCAUUUUAUCUGCUAUUACUAUUAGUUUCAAUUGUGAGAACUCAGAGGAUACUUUUUUUUA